AUGGAGACGGUGCAGGAGCUGAGCAAGUUGUUGCGGCUUUUAGAUCAGUUGGUGAAUCGAAUGGGCGCCCGGGCGACCCCCGCGCUCGCGCGGAUGAUGCCGGUGGUGUGGAAUAAAGUCCUCUCGGCCGGGGAGCUCACCGCGGCGUCGCCGGUUGUAAAUAUGGGGGUCGUCAGCGAGAGCGCACGGGAGACGAUCGACGUCUACCGCAGCUUUUUUCACCUCCUUUUUAGCAUCGCCACGUGGGGGUGCGCGCCCGCGUUGCUGCUGCUGCCACUUCCGUAUUUAGAUUCGAUGCUCGCUCAGCUGGCGUACGCGAUUACGCUCCCGGCGGAGGUGGAGCUACCGAAGUUUGCCUUGCAGGCGCUCACCCGGCUAAGCGAGGAGCUCCUCGCGCGAAAGGACGUCGAGGGGCUCCCCUUGGAUCCUUGCGAGUCCGCCACCUUUGCGGAGAAUCUCUUGUAUUUUAGAGCAUGCCUGUUGGAGCGCGUUUUACCCGCCACCCUGCAGGCGCUUUUGCGCCCCGGGUUUAACCUCCACGACGCGAAGAAUUUUAUCCUCAUCGGCGAGGCCGGGCAGUUCUUUAAGGCCCUCUGUGGGGUGCGGGAGCAGGGCGAAGGGGGCUCCAAUGACGCCUCCAGCCCCACGCAGUUCGACGGUGAAGCCAACCCGCUCGCCGACGCCGCCCUGCAAGCGAUUUAUAGCGGUCUAAAAAUGCCCUGUGAGGCAGGCAACACGCCGAAUGGGUGUUCGAACCACGGACCCGAGGCCGUGGAUCCGAUCAUGGCGUUUUGCGUUACCUUGCGCGCGAAACCGCGGUUUAAUUUGGCGCUUAAAAAUGAACUCCGCUGUUUAUUAGCGGCGGCGCAGCAAAAGGCCUGCUAG